AACUCUCUCUCUCUGCGUGUGUGUGUGUGUGAAGAUUUUGUGUUUUGAAGAAGAUGGGUGUUGCCAUAGUUGCUGACCUGAAGCCAAGCAUUUCAGGAAAGAGAUCGUUUAGACCAAGUUCAAGCACAAGGCAUAUCACUGAAUGGCCGAUAUCGGAUGUGUCUAGUGAUCUCACCGUUGAAGUUGGGACAGCAAGUUUUGCACUUCACAAGUUCCCUCUUGUUUCUAGAAUUGGAAGGAUAAGAAAACUCUUAAUAGAUGCUAAAGAUUCGAAGAUUUCAAGGAUAAAUCUUUCAUCUGUUCCGGGAGGAGCACAGACAUUCGAGAUAGCAGCCAAGUUUUGCUAUGGAAUGAACCUUGAAAUUACACAAUCAAAUGUUGCUAAUCUACGUUGUGCAGCAAGUUUCCUAGAAAUGACAGAAGAAUAUGCAGAAAAGAAUCUAGAAGCUCGAACAGAAGCUUACCUGAAGGAGAAUGUUCUUCCCAGCAUAUCAAACUCCAUAUCUGUUCUCCAUUGUUGCGAAUCUCUCCUGCCCAUUGCUGAAGAGAUCAACCUGGUUAAUAGAAUCAUCAGUUCCAUAGCCAAUAAUGCAUGCAAAGAGCAACUCACCUCUGGAUUGUCAAAACUGGAGCGUAAUUUCUCUACCAAAACAGUGCCUAUUGUGGAACCAGAAACACCGUCCGACUGGUGGGGGAAAUCACUAACUGUUCUGAGCCUCGACUUCUUCCAACGAGUUAUUUCAACAGUCAAAACAAAGGGCCUCAAGCAGGAGAUGAUUGGACGGAUUUUGAUCAAUUAUGCCCAAAAUUCCCUCCAAGGGUUGGUUAUUAGGGAACCCCAGUUGGGAAAAGGAGGUUUUUUCGAAAUGGAGCAGCAAAAGAAACAAAGAACCAUAAUCGAAACCAUAGUUAACUUACUCCCUACAAUGUCAAGAAAAGGAACAAUUCCAAUUGCUUUUCUAUCCAGCUUGUUGAAAUCAGCAAUCACUGCAUCGGUGUCCACUGCUUGCCGGUCUGAUCUAGAGAGAAGGAUUGGGCUGCAGCUGGACCAGGCCAUUCUUGAAGACAUCCUCAUUCCUGCAAAUUCAAACGGAAACAAUCACAGCUCAAUAUACGACAUGGAUUCAAUUCAGAGGAUUUUCUCCAUGUUCUUGAAUUUGGAUGAGGACGAUGACGAUCAUGAUAACAACCGCUUGAGGGAUGAAAGCGAUAUGAUUUACGACUUUGACAGCCCAGGAUCUCCCAAACAGAGAUCAAUCCUUAAGGUAUCAAAGUUGAUGGACAGCUAUCUAACUGAAGUUGCUCUUGAUUCCAACUUGACGCCAUCGAAGUUCACAGCACUCGCUGAAUUGCUUCCUGACCAUGCUCGGGUAGUGGGUGAUGGACUGUAUCGUGCUGUAGAUAUCUUCCUUAAGGUCCAUCCUAACAUAAAAGACUCGGAGCGAUACAGGCUAUGCAAAACAAUUGACAGCCAGAAACUAUCUCAAGAGGCUUGCAGCCAUGCUGCUCAGAACGAGAGGCUUCCAGUUCAGAUGGCAGUCCAAGUUCUAUACUUUGAGCAAAUCAGGCUCCGGAAUGCCAUGAAUGGGAGCAGCAGCCAUAACCAGUUCUUCUUCGGGUCCACAAACGGGCAAUUCCCUCAACGUUCAGGAAGUGGGGCAGGAAGUGGAUGUAUCUCACCAAAAGAUAACUACGCAUGUGUUAGGAGAGAGAAUCGAGAACUGAAGCUGGAAGUUGCAAGGAUGAGAAUGAGACUAACAGAUUUGGAAAAAGACCAUGUCUCCAUGAAACAGGAGCUGGUAAAGACACACCCAGCAAACAGAUUAUUCAAGUCAUUCACAAAGAAGCUAAGCAAACUUAAUGCCCUGUUUAGGCUAAGGCCCUUUGGCGGCAAAACCAAUUCAGAAUCAAGACUUAUGUUACCAAAGCGAAGGCGUCAUUCAGUGUCUUGACCAUGGAGAAGAGAUGCCACAAAUCUCAAUGAGCAAGAAAAGGAAGAGUGUAUAGUUUUAUGUUUUGUCAUAUGAUUUGUGUUAAAAGAAUGACUGACUGUGUGAAGGUAUUGAAAGUUGGUUAAUUAGUUUUUUUUUUCUUCUCUUUUCUGUA